AUGGCACAUGUGACAGUCAUUCAUGUCCUGCUGAUUUUAAGCUUUUUCCAACAUAAGACACUGUUUUCCACAGUCCUGGCAAGUGGAAAAGAAGACAUAAAGGAUGCACUUAGGCUGCACAAUGUUAUAUGGGCCACCAAGGAUGAUUCAAGAGUUAUUUUGUCCUGGAACAACAACCUGACAAAAGAAGAAGCCAAGAAAUACACUGUGAAGUAUAUUUUGAGUUAUAAGUUCUUCAAUACCACUAAGGAAAGGAAAGAAAGACUGCAGGAGAAGGAAAAGAAAAUACAUCUUCAAUUACACUCUGGUUUUAAUGCUAAAGUUAAGACACAACUUUUUGCAAAAGAAACAGAAGACAUAAUUAAGGAGAGUGACUGGACAGAACUUACUUACAAGGCACCUCCAGUUUACAUUCAGAAUCUUUCAUGCAUCAUAUAUAACAUUUCUUUUUUCAAUUGCACCUGGCACAUCAAAGCAGAAGCACCUGAAGAUAUCCAGAUCUUUACCUCUUACAGACAUGUAGGAAAGGUUUUUGCAUGCCAGCAAUAUAUAAAAAAUGCAAGGAAGAAAAAUAUUGGAUGCUAUAUGAAAGAAAUACAUUUCCAACCAUCAAGGAAAAUAAAUUUAAACAUAACUGUGAGAAAUUUGAGAAAUAGUUCAAGAGGACUGUCUUAUUUUAAAGCUUUCACACCUCAGAAAAUAGAGAAGCUGAACCCACCAAUCAACAUCUCAGUUUCCCUUGAAAACAGAAGUAUUAAAAUUGAUUGGAAGCCUCCACCUACUAUUGGUUCAGCAAGGAAAAAGUGUUUUUUGUACCAAGUGAAAAUAACAGAUCAUAAGAUUGCAAAUGUCACUGCAGAGAACUAUAAGUAUCCAUUUCAUAAGCCAGCAAAAAGAUGUGCAGCACAAGUGAGGGUAAAGAAAGAGAUUUGCAUAGCAAACAAGAUCUGGAGUGAAUGGAGUGAACCGGUGUUUAUUCACGAUGAAAAGACAAUGGAUAUCCUACUGCUAAGCCUCACAUUGUUUUGCUCUCUGGUUUUCCUUGGAGUUCUGCUGAUAUAUGCAUGUAGAAGGUACAGAUGCCUGGAAGUUUUAACCACACCUGUUCCACAUCCUUCAAAUAACAUCAAAAUGUGGUUAGCAGAUGAGACUCACCAGCAGCAACAUAUGUCAAUGCAAAUGGAGAUGAAUUCAGAGGUUAUUCUGAGAACAGCAGAAGAGAACAGAGAUGGGAACAUUCAACUGCAGAAAUGUUUGAAGGAAUUCAUGUUAGAAGACCUAUAG